CGCCCCCUUAUACCUGGUUCUCAGCCUUCUUGGGGCUUGCCUCAGCAGAAGGCUCCUCCCUGGUGCUGUCUAGCCCUUCUUUUAUAGGUACUCUACAAGUACCAACUCCAUCUGCUGACUAGUGGAAAACUUUCCUACUGCUCUCACUACCUCCAAGGAGGUCCUUGAGGCCAACAGCCUCUCUCUACUUCGUGAUAGUCACCUUAACAACGCCUCAUCCCCACCAACACCUUCAAAGCUCGAAGCUUCAGUAAGAUCUUCAUUGGCAGGAAAUUGGCAGGAAAUUCAUACCAUGUCUGCUGUCGCAGAGCGGGACCUUGGAUUUCCUGACCCAGAGCAAGAAGGUGGUAGGAUGGAUCACGACGCUGGACAAAGUGUCUUGAAUGUGCUGACAAUCCGUGAGGCUGGUGAUGACAUCGAUGGAACCACAGGAUGUCUGGGUUCACAGGCAGUCUCGAGAGCCAUUCUCGGGGAAGAGCCGGGGCAGGAGGAGAUAUGGCCCGAUACUGAGGAGAUCUGCACUCCUGUGGAAGAGGUCUGGCCUGAUAUCAAGGACAUCUGGCCUGAUGUCGAGGACAUCUGGCAUAAAGUCAAGGACAUCUUGCCUGAUGACGAGGAAACCUGGCCUGAUGUCGACGACUUCUGGCCUCAUGCCGAGGAAGUCUGGCCUUGUAUCAAGGAUAUCUGGCCUGUUGUAGAGGACCUCUGGCCUGAAAUCGAGGACAUCUGGCCUGUUGUAGAGGACCUCUGGCCUGAAGUCGAGGACAUCUGGCCUGAUGUUGAGGAACCCAGGCAUUCUAUCAAGGACAUCUGGCCUGCUAUGGAGGACAUCUGGCCUGAUGUUGAGGAACCCUGCUAUUCUAUCAAGGACAUCUGGCCUGCUAUGGAGGACAUUUGGCCUGAUGUUGAGGAACCCUGUCAUUCUAUCAAGGACAUCUGGCCUGCUAUGGAGGACAUCUGGCCUGAUGUUGAGGAACCCUGUCAUUCUAUCGAGGACAUCUGGCCUGCUAUGGUGGACAUCUGGCCUGAUGUGGAAGAACCCUGGCAUUCUAUCGAGGACAUCUGGCCUGCUAUGGAGGAAAUCUGUCCUGUUCUCGAGGAAGCCUGGCCUGAUACUGAAGAGGACUUGUAUGUCUGGAAUAGUGACCAGGAGAAAGAAGUAGUUCAGGAGGAAGCUGAAGAAGACCAUGACCACAAAUAUGAAGAAAAG